CCAAAGUCGUGCCUUUUAAAAUGGCGUUGUCAACAUUGAAAUGUAAUGUUUAGUUGUGAACUUUAGUAAAUUUAAUUUUGCCUGAUUGGACACUGGUUUUGAUUAAACAUUUUGGGUUCUUCUCGUCCUUUAAAAAAUGAACGGUUUAAGUUUUAGUGAAUUUUGUUGUCUCUUUUGUUGUCCACCUUGCCCAAGCAGAAUAGCAGCAAAACUAGCUUUUAUACCUCCGGAGCUAACUUACGAAUUUGUGUCCGAUGAAUAUGGAAAAUGCGCUUUUGCACUGACAGAAAGGGCGGAAUGGCAAUUUUCGGAAAGAGAAAAAGAAAAUAUUGAAGUAUUUUUUACAAGGACCACAAGAGGAAAUAGAAUUGCCUGUUUAUUUGUGAGAUGUAGUAACACAGCGCGAUUUACUAUAUUAUUUUCUCACGCCAAUGCUGUUGAUCUUGGACAAAUGAGUAGUUUUUAUUUGGGUUUGGGAUCUAGAAUAAAUUGUAAUAUAUUUAGUUAUGAUUACUCUGGUUAUGGUGUGAGUGGAGGAAAACCAUCUGAAAAAAAUUUAUAUGCAGAUAUUGAUGCUGCUUGGCAAGCCCUUAGGACCAGGUUUGGUAUAAGUCCUGAAAACAUAAUACUUUAUGGGCAAAGUAUAGGAACUGUUCCUACUGUUGAUUUGGCUGCAAGGUAUGAAGUUGGAGCUGUGAUAUUGCAUUCUCCUCUCAUUUCUGGUAUGAAAGUGGCCUUCCCCAAGACUAAAAGAACUUGGUUCUUUGACGCUUUUCCCAGUAUUGAUAAAGUUCCAAAGGUUGUAUCCCCAACGCUAAUAAUUCAUGGUACUGAAGAUGAAGUGAUAGAUUUUUCUCAUGGGCUUACUAUUUUUGAAAAAUGUCCUAAAGCUAUAGAGCACAUCUAUAAUUGCCGUGCCGGCUGUCCAGGCUCUUGCCUCUGUAAAGGUGAGCUUAAGAUUGCUAAUUGA